UACUUUUACCAAACUUGUUUAUAGAAUCUGAGCAACAACAAAAUAAUAAUAAAGUUAACAACAUAUUUUCAAAUGCAGGUUCAUGUAAAAAAUACGUAGAUGACAAAUGAAGAAAUGCCUAUAUAGGUAUAUCGUUUGCUGUGUUUGUUUCCAUGACGAUCUAUAACUUCAACUUUAUACCUACAUCGUAUUUUUAAAUAUCAAGCUCAUCUAGAUUUUUAGAUACUACUAUUUACUUACUUAUUUUCAAUAUUAAAAUAGUGGACCAUGUCUAUCGUGGAAAUUACGCACCAUGAUGAAGUCAUAUACACAAUAUUGGACGAACCUCCUCCUGAACCUCCGAAAACUCCCAGGUAUGAGUCCAAAUUAGAAAAGCAAUUGAAAGAAACUAAGAUUCCUCUAACACGCCGUGAUUUCGGGUAUGCUGAAACGCCUCUAAAACAACCCGAUCAGUUUUUGAAAAAAGGUGAGGGCAUUGGACAGCCUUUAAAAAAAUCGGACCAUAAAUGCUUCGUAUCUGGUAAUCUCCCUCCAGUUCCAAAACGACCUCCACCCGGGAAGAAACCAGAGAAGCCUAAAAUCAAUUUCAAAGUUGUAAAUAUUAAGAAGGCGAUCAAAACAAAACCAAAAGCUGUUGAGCCCAGACUAGUUGAUACUAGAGACGGCCAUGUGAAAAGGAUAAAAGGAUCAGGAGAAGUUCCAGAAUUUUGCUUACGACCCGAUUUUGGUAGGAUGCCUGCAUAUUUAGUUAAACGAAACAGAAAAAUUCAGAGAGAAAUAGAGAAAAUCAAAUACGCCGAAGAACACAAAGAAAGCCUGUGUAAACUUAUUAAUGAAGAGGAGCGAAAAAAGCUUUUGGAGGACCUUAAACAUAAUUGGCAAAUGAUGCAGAAAGCUUUUCUACAACUGCCAAUGCUGACAGACACAAUACCAAAAAUUCUUAAAAAAACAAAGAUGGAACAGGAAUUACGACAGCUGGAAAAGGAUAUAGCGCUUGUAGAAUCGAAUCCUUUCAUUUAUAUUUAUGAGUGAACCGACUACAGUUGUGUCCCGAUAAUUAUCACUCUUUUACAAACCAAUAUUGAUAUUAAUAGGAGGCACAUAUACAUUAAUUAAAAUAAUAUUGCAGGUUGCAGGAUUUUAAAGAUACGGUGAUCUAUCUAUUCGUUACAGCGCCAUAAGGUGCCGAAAUUGAUUUCCUAGCCCAAUUUGUUUCAUUUCUAUCAC